UCAUUGGCUCAGCAGUCUUAGCUCACUGAGCCCGAUUUUAAGGUGCCGGCCUCUGUGAAGAUUUUCAACCUGGUAAUUCCAGUUUGAUACAUGUUAAUGACAAAGCCCCAGUCAAGUGAAACAGCCUUUUACUCCUCGAUGGCUGUAAAUGGAAAAGGAAAGCUAGCCAUGAGGGAAGGGGAUCAGAUGCACCAAUCAGAACCAGGUAACACCACUGUUCUGCCUCUGUAGCUCCUUCUCUCUUGCCACAGUACUUCUGUGAGGAAGGAAGGGGCCAAUGUUUGUUCAUCAAACCCAUCGUUAGGCUUCAUAGGCCUCAGGAGGAGGCGGACCAUUGCCUCACAACCACCCCCUCAGCAUCUGACCCACACACUCUUUGGGUGGACUCACCUCACCCAUAUAUUAAAUGGGAGAGGAAUGGAACCCUCUCAUUGCCUGUGAACAAAAUAAAAUACUAUCUGAAGAGUAAAAAAAUAACAGAGAAUAACCUGAUAUUUUCUCAGUUGGUCCCAUAGCCUUCUGACAAGGGGCUGAAUCCAUCGCAAUGUCUGCCUAAUACCAAAUCAGACUGAUUGCCCAGUUCACCCAUUAUUGUCUACUCUGACUGGUAGCUCCAUCGGGAUUUUUCUGGGGAUCCCUAUCUUUGAAAUAAAUUCUAUUGUGCCUGUUACACCUUUACAAGCUCAGUUCUCAGAGAGAAGGUGAUGGUAUCUUUCGCUUACAGCUGUUGUUACCAUCAUAUUAAUUGAUUAAUUUCUAAAUAUAGGCCAUCUAUCUCUCUACAUUGUUCAUUUCAAAGACAAAGCCCCUAGCUGAAGUGACUUACAUUCCAAAAUAAGGGGAAACAAUGGAGGAAGGGGGAAGCAGGAGAUGAGUAUAUGAUUAUCUUGAAUACUUGUACUUUGGUUCAGUUACAAUAAGGUGUAGGGAGUGACACUAAGCUCCAGGUCAGCCUUUGCUGGUACCCUCCAGAUGUUUUAGACUGCAAUUCCUUUGGUUAGCAAAGUCACACAAAUAACACAAAUGGAAUCCAGAUAGAAAAGUCUUGAAAACACUAGAAUCUCCUAAAACGGUAUAAUUUUAGGAGAAGCAAACAGAGAUGUUUUGUCUUUCUUACUUCGGGCCUUGUACAUUUCAGGAUGACAUUCAACCAAAUGCACAGAGGAGAAUCUCUCAGAACUAUACAGCCAAUCAGGGUACAUGCUGCCUCAGUGCAUCAAGGCAGAAACACUCAAGGAGGAUGGAAAGUAGGGCUGGUGAAGGGAUGUGGCCAGGGAGAGUUCCGAGGGCCAGAUAAGAGAGCCCCAGGGAGGCUCUGCAGCCCUGUGUUAAACAAACUACAUGCUGAUUCACACUGACUCCCGCUAUACUAUGCAACUUUCAGAGUUUAUCCUGGAAAGCGUGAGAUUUUAUGUACAGUGGUUAAUCCUGCAUCCCCCUUGUUGGUGCUUUAGUGGUUUGACUGAAAGUCUUUUCUCUCGUAUUGUUUUCUCGCAACAGAUGAGGAGAAAGAGAAUAACAGAGCAUCCAAACCACAUUCCACUCCAGCUACUCUGCAAUGGUAAGAUUUUUAUUAUUGUUUUUAAAGGAUAAGAUGUGAGCCUUUUGUAUUUCCAGGCUACCUACAUCGGGACUCAGAAAAGCAAAUGCAACUGAAAGGACGAUAAGAAAAGAAAGGAUAAAUGAAGAUGAAUGUAAUUGAAAUCUUAGAGGAGGUAUGGGGAACCUCUGGUCCUCCAAAUGUUGCUGAACUAGAACUCCCAUCAUCCUGGGAGUUGUAGUUCAACAACACCUGGAAGGCUAAAGAGUCCCCACACCUGGCUUACGGUAAACACUAGUCCGAAAGCCAGACAAGAACUUUCUCUCUCUCUCUCCAUCAAGAACAGAACAGGAAAUUCCUUACACCACCCAGAUACAACUAAUGCCAUCUAAACCACUUAAAAGCACUAUCCACACCAUGUUCAGGGCAGCCUUCCCCAACCUGGUGCCCUCCAGAUGUUUCAAUUUUCAGCAUCCACCAGCCCCAGCCAGUAUAGCCAUAUUGGUUUGGGCUAUUGGUGGGAAUUAUAGUCAAAAACAUCUGGCGAUCGAGGAAGACUGGUCUGUGGUGAACACAACUCCUGCCUCUCUCUAAUAACCAGCAAAACCGACAUAAGCCAGGAAACUCCUCAUUUCUGAAGGCCGGGGCACCCAGAAAAGGCCCUCCAAAAAGAAGUUUAUAAGUGAGUAGGGUUAUAUGGGCAAAAGUAGUCCUCUGAGACCCCACCCUCAAGCUGCACUAACAGACUGCUAGCAGUUUCUACACAUUCAAACAUCACUUGUCUUUUUCCCCCUUUUUCUUUUUUUGUUAAAUUUGAUUUCCCCCACUGACUAGUGCUUCCAGUUAUCCGACACCCAUACAGGAAAAACAGGCCUUCUGCGUCAGUCUCUCCCGUAAUUUGAUGGAGUCUGGAGAUAGCUUGUUAGCCAGGACAUCACCCCUAAUUAGAUCAUAGAGCUCUGCUCUCAAAAGAAAACAAGCAAAUACUGGCAGCAGUAUUAUUUGAAGCAUUUUGUUAGCAUCCACAGUCUUGGAGGUUAUUGGCCAGUCCCUAAACCCCUGGGAUCCUUGGUUCUGUCAAAAUGCACCCAUUGUUUACUAUUGCAUCCCAGAUGUCUGAAAGGGGCAAAGCCUAUAUUAUAUAGUCCAGUCGACUCUCCUCACCAAUGCAACUGUCUCUUGCUAUUUCCUCUUUCCUGCGGUCCCUGUUCUGGCUUGUUGCCACCAAACUCUACAACCUUCAUUUAGGACCCAUGUUGGUAUAGUUUGUUCCUAGUUGCUCCAUCCUCAAUCCUAGUUUCUCAAUCCUGACAAGCCUGUUGUGUCGGGUUGAUCACAAGUAGGGUUCUUGGGUCUGGCCCAGAACCUCUAGGCCUGAGGUGCCACCUUUGGGUCUUUGAGCCAGGUACAAAAUAUCUGGGCUGUAGGACCUGCUAUGGAGGAAGGAGGGAGGGAAGGAAGGAAGGAAGGAAAGAAGGUGAAAGAGUACUACUACAUACCACACUAACUCCUUUUCCCUUCCUAAUUUGCCACCAUAGCUCCAUGAAUUCCCUUUUAUUCUUCCAGGCAAAUUGAAUGCCACAAUCUGCCUGGGAGCAGAGGAUGUGUGGAACAGUGGAGGCAGGAGUUUCAAAGGGAAGAGGAAAGGCAGAGUAGUGUCGUGGUGGUGGCAGCAGCAGCAGUGUGGCUGCUGCAUUUGGGACCAGCUGACAUAUGUGAGCAGCAGCUUGGGUGCUCUGCCUGCUACAUAUUUCAGUACUCUGGCCUGUCCUGCUGUGCCGCAUUUCAGGUUGUUUGGCCAAUGCAGAUGGGGCCCACCUAACUAGGUCAGUGGAAGUGGGAGCAGAGGACUGUGGGUGGUGAUGGUGGAGGUGUUAAGGAGAAGGGAAGGGAAAGGAAUUGAGAUUGUACAUGUUUGCAUGGAUAUAAGCACGAGAGAGGGAUGUGAUAACUAUAUAUAUUGUUGAUUUGCUUAUGCCUUGGCUUUGAAUUGUCUUCAUGGGUUGAGCGGAUCUGAAGCAUAUAGUUUGGUUCGCUUCCUUGAGUGAUGUUCUGGGCAUGGUAUUUUGAACUGGCUGCAAUGGAUUAACUGGAUCUGGAACUUUGUUCAUUUUUUAAAAUCUGUUUUGCAUGGGUUUUUGUUUUCUGCAAGGAUUCAUUGGUUGUUUUGCAGCAGGACUUGCUUGUCUGAGUCACCCAUUUUUAUAUUUGGCUUUAUGAUGUUUGACACCAUUGGAAUCCAGGAUGUAUUAAACUGAUCUGGAUUGGCCUGAAUACAAUAAAUGUAUAUUGUGAUGACAAAAGAAAUAGCUGCAUACGUUGGGCUAACAGAGUGUUUCUCCUGGACACAAAGACCAUUUGUGAUUAAAUUAUGCAACUCUUGUGAACACUUAAAAUGAUUGUGCAAUAUUUCUGCAUCUUGAUGUAUUCUUAUAUUCUCCUAAAGUCAGUGGCUUUUUUCUUUAGUAAAGAUUUCCAAAGAGAAGAGAAGGUGUAAUAGAAAUGUAAAACCAGUGAAGUAAGCCCCAUUCUUCACCUUCAUAAUAUGAGAUGGCCGCUUGCCUUUUAUGGUGGGCGGUGUUGGGGCCAGGCCCCCGGGCCCCCAGAGUGAUAUGGCAGGGGACAGAGAUUGACGUCCUCCUUGUGCCGUCCCGGCCACAUCACCAGCGCUGGGCGGGGCAGUGGCCGGAGGUGGUCCUGCCAUCCAGUCAGCGCUGGUAGGGGGCAUGGCCACGGGAAAUUUAAACCGUGGCACAGCCGGGGGGGGGCCCUCCUCUCUCACCCUUUGCCGGGCAAAGUAAAACCACUGUAAAACCAGUGAAGUAAGCCCCAUUCUUCAUCUUCAUAAUACAAGAUAUGCUGUAAUGCUAUGAGUAGCCUCAAAAUCUUAUUGCGAGAGCUCAUAUUGCUUUAUAAGGACAUUCCUCUACUACUUAUAGAGAUAAUAGUCAAAGUUCAUUAUCUUUACACAAUACUGUAGGCUAGAGCUGAAUUCAACUUAUGAUGAAGGUUCCCUCCCCCCCUUUUUUUAAGAGGAGGCAAAAAAUUGAAAGACAUUCUGCAAGGUUGGAUUUUUGAUCAUUAAAAAAAGAGUUCAGGUAUAAUGGAACAUUGUCCAGUGUCAAACUAAUGACUCCCUGUGAAAGACAGAGAGGGGAAAAGGAAGAAAAGAGAGGGGAAAUUCAUCAAAUAUAUGAUGAAGAGAAAUAAUUAACACGGCCUUUCUAUCCUGUCUUGGUCAGAGAAACUGACAUGCCAAUUAGCAGUUAUAGCAUACAAGCAAAGUCUCUGCGCUUUGAAAAGAGGUUUUGUUGAGGUCCAUGAAUUUGGGGAAAGAUGCAGAGAUGAUAUUCCCAUUGAAAGAAAGGAAGCAUGGCUGCGGCGCCCUUAUUGAGUCUAUUCAUACCACCAAAUAUCUUAUUGAAAUAGUUUGCAGAGACGAAUUACCACCAUAACUUGAAGAUAAGGAAGAAAAUUCCUAAAACCAGUUAGCAGGACAUAAAUUAGUGUCUUCAAGAUAGGUUGCUGCUUAGUAGGUUUGUGCUUAAACAGCUAACUUAGUAUUUAAAGAGAGGUGUUUAUUUUCAAAUCCAGGUCUGUUGAACUAAUAUUAUAUUGUUAUGAGUAUGGGGAGCAGUUAGGGUGCAUCCUUGAUCCCUUUCUAAUUCCUGGAAGAGCCAGGCUAGCUUCCUGUUGAGGUAAUGGGCCUUUAAGGAAGCAAAGGGAGUGGCUCUAUGCUAGAUGGCAAAUGGGUGGGCUCCCCACCCUUCAGUUGGCUAGUAGUUAGAAAGACAAAGGCCAGAGUUGAAACUUGUGUGUGAUUGUAAGCUAGAAGUUGGAGCGAGAAGCAGACUGAAAUCUGUGAGGGGAGGGAAAGAUAUGCUUGCUUUCUGCUUGCAUCCAAGGCUGUGGCUGUGGGUGAAGCAAGACCCUUUAUUUGGGGUGCUAAUGCUGGGAACCAGCGGACCAGAUCCAGAUGUGUCCAGUCCUCCACAGGCCUCAUUGAGGGGUCAGCAGGGCUGUGAUUCUUUUCCAGGCAUCUGACACCGUACAUGAUAUCAGAUGUGGGGAAAGUGGGCAUGGCUCACCAAAAAAACAGCUUUGUGGGCCACCUUUCAGGGCCAGGCAGAAGACUGCUUUACUAUUAGUGAUGAACUAACACCAGUGCCCCACUGACUAGUGCAAGAAUACAAGGGGCUGAAUCCAGCUCCCCACUUCUUCCUUAAACAGAUAAUUGGUGCUGUCAGAACAGACAGCACCAACCUGCUUGAGUUGAAGGUAGGUCAAUUCAGUCAAGGCAUGCAGAGCUUCCUGCAUGCACACCUUGGUGCUGCUUUUAAAUGAUAAGAGAUAAAUAUAUGCAUGUAUACACAUGUUUAGUUAUUACCAUGCAAACUGAAAUAUAAAAAGGGCAUUCUUGAGAGGCGACUGCAUUUCUUGUUUUCACUGCAACAGACUCACAGUGCAAUCCAGUGCAUGCCUACUCAAUGCUACCGAGUUCACAGGAAGUUCCCACAGGAAGCUACGUACAGGAUAGCAGCCUAAAUCUUUUGGCACCUUAAAAUUUAUUGUGGCAUAAGCUUUUGUGCGAAGGUCACAUACAGAGUAUGGCAGAACAAUAUUUUACUGCUUGGUUUGGUCUCUGGUUGCAUUCCUUUCACUCAAGAUACGGCAUAUCAGAAAAUAGUUAUAAAGUGCUGAAGGGCAUUUUAAUGUUUGACUGCCUUUAAAUGUGUGAAAAUGUUUUAUUUCAGCCUUUGGAUCCUUAAUUACUUAGUACAGUAUUCUAGUGAUGUAAGACAUUUUGAAGUGUUACAGGAGUCUGACUGCAAGAAUUUGUGGCACAUUGCAGCAUCACCGUUGAUUUUCAUCUAUAUUAGUAUUAUUUAUAUAUUAAUAGAAUUGAUGAUGGUGUUGGUGUGCAAAGUAUGCUGUAUUUCAGUACAGAAUAAAUAGAACACAUUUGGCUAAUUUUUAUGAAUGAAAAAACAAUGUCCUAGCAUAGGGGCUGGCCCUUCAGUCUGCAGAUUUGGAAGUUGAAAUACAGAGGAGCCAACCUAUUUGUAGUUUUCCAUUGUUCGAUCAUUGUUUUUAAGGCUGGAGGAGAACUACGAAAUCGCAGAAGGUGUCUGCAUUCCUCGAAGCGCCCUUUAUAUGCACUAUUUGGACUUCUGCGAGAAAAACGACACACAGCCAGUCAAUGCUGCCAGCUUUGGAAAGGUGAGUGUCAACCAAACCUCACUUCAAGUGGGGUUUUGGGAAUCUGAAAUAAUAGCUGUGAAAUAUACAAACUGUCAGGAGAAAAACAGUAGAGGGAGGAGAUUCCUUUUGAUGUUUUCGAUGGGAGGCAGUGCCAUGAUUGGAUUAUUAGUAGCAUCAGUUUUAAGAAGCGUUUUGUUGAGCGUGAGACUUAAAAGUCAAAAAGUAGCUGAGUGAAUUUGACUAGUGUUAAUGAAUUGUGUCACCAGAAAGAGAGUGCAUGUGAUGGUCUUCUAUUCCAGAUACAGUCACUUUGAAUGACAGUAUUGGCCUCCAUCUGCUCUAUACACUUAAAGCAGUACCAUACCAGUCAUGGCUUCCCCCAGAGAAUCAUGGGAACUGUACUUUGUUAAGGGUGCUGCAAGUUGUGAGGAGACCCCUGUUCCUCUCACAGAGCUACAAUUCUUAACAGUCAACCCCUCUUCCCAGGGAACUUUGGGAACUGUAUCUCUGUGAGGGAUGACUGUUUUGUAUUGUUUCGGAAAGUAAAAAAAAAUGCCAAAUUUGACUUUAAAUGCAAACUGAAUUGAAUUUCUUCCCCAUCCCUGCUCACAAAACACAACACUCAUUCCACUUAACGUGUGCAUGUCUCACCUGGAUUCUGCAGUACAUUUACACAAAACAUACCAUACCUGUUGCCCAUACAGGCAGCCCUGCUUAGGGAAGCUUUUAAUGACUGAUGUUUUAAUGUAUUUUUAAUCUUUUGUUGGAAGCCGCCCAGAGUGGCUGGGGAAACCCAGCCAGAUGGGCGGGGUAUAAAUAUAUUAUUAUUAUUAUUAUUAUUAUUAUUAGUCACUCAUCCCUUUCUAUUCCCACACAACCCCCCCAUCCACCAGUACAGCCAAUCACCAAACAGUAUCGGCACCUACUUCUUCCACUCCACAAAAUAUACUGCAAAAACAUCUUCAUAGCAAUGCCACCGUUGCAUGAAUCUUUUUUCUUUUUUCUUCCCCGUUCAUAAUGUGAGAAAAACAGCCUAUAUCUAUCGGUGCUGGGCUGUGGCUAGCGCAAGUGUAGCUUUAAGAGAGAUCCAGGAUUUUUUUUUGAUUUUUUUUUAAAUCAUCUGGAAGGUCACCAAAGGUGCAUUUUAGUACACAGAUAAUUUUUUUUGCUAAAGCCCUCUUGAUUUGCUGGGGUUGAAACACUGGAAGUGUAAAGAAACAUGUUGGGUUUUGUUUGUUUCUGGUACUUCCGAAAGCGUGUUAAAGUGAGCUGGGAUGUUUCAUUUUGCUUUAGGUCUGUUGAGGUAAUAUUCUGCUUUGGGAGUACGUCCUGAAUGACAACAUGCACCCCUCCCCGCCCCCACAAAAAAGCCCAGAAAAUGCUUUUUUUCCCACAGCCCCUAGGAACCCCCAUCCCCGUCUGCACAAACUGAAAGAGAGAGGGGUGGGAUUAAUGUGUAAUUAAAGAGAAUUUGGAAGGCUGAGAUGUUGCGGAAUGUUAGAUCAGUAGCUGGAACAGCAUGUGGUGUUCUUUAGGUAGGCUUCAUUGAACCCGCACAAAAAAGAGAGGGAGAAAGAGAGGCAGCUUGCCUGUCUGCUCAUUUAUCAAAUAGCUAGCCUGAACUUUCACAGCUCAACAAAAGUGUUUUUCUGUUUGCUGAUUUUUCUCUCUCUUUGCUCCAGAAAAUAAACCAGAAAGGCUAGUGAAAUCCACGCUUCUGUAACAUGUGUGGACCAUUCUGGAUAAGACUAAUGAACCAAUGCCAGGGUGGCUUCCUGUUAUGAGAGAGAAAAAAUAAUAAGUAGUAAAAUCAGAGGGAGGGUGGAAAUUGUAUGUAAAUGGUGUUGUGUGAUUUUUUUCCCCGAUUUUUGCACAGCAGCUGUGAUCCAAUUGUACAUCACAAAAUUUGGGUUGUGGGCACUUUGCCGCCAUGAUGGCAUUUGCAACAAGAAGGGUUAAAAGCCAAUGGAGGCAACAGAUUAUUUUAAUCAGUUGCACGGAUCUAAAAUUAAAAAAUGAACAUAGUUUAGGAAGCAUCUAUAUUUAUUUUUGUAAUCUUAAUUCCCUGUUUGAAACGUGGGAUGGAUUCUUUUUCAUGCUUAACACAUCUUGGCAAAAUAAUACUUUCCACUAUUUGAUUUUUACCUCUUUACUACUUGUGGGGCCCUUGCUUCAACUGCAGUCUUGCCAUCCAUGCUAGAACUUAAUAGGGAUAGAUCUUCCUCCAGGUUGAUGUUCUCAGUAAAUUGACAAGUAUGUCCCAUUUAAAAUUCUGCUCCAUUAUUUUCAGUAAAUAUGGAUGGGUUGUUGAGCACGGGGGAAUUUCAAAAUGUGGGAAAUAGAAUCAUUGCAGGCAAAAUAACACAACAAGUAUCUCCUCUGUAAGAAGAAUCUGCAAUCAAGCUAAUUUGAAUAAUAAUUACAGGCCAUCUACAUGAUUUGCAUAUUAUGAGAAUGAAACUGGGAUAUAUCAGAGGAAGUAUAUGGGUGUUUUGCCCAAGUUUAAAAGAUUGGUACCAGCCCUUGAAAAUUUUUGCUAUAUGUACUUAACAUUUUUGCUCAGUAGUAUCCAUUUAUCAAAACUAUUGAAAAAUUAUUAAGUCACGUGAAAUAUUUAGCCCUCAACUAAAUAUUCCUCAAAUAGGAUUCUUUAAGUGCACCUUCCAAAGGUCUCGUGCACUGUAAAUAAACUUUUCCUUGUACGUCGCUGUCAUGCCUGCUGCAAGAUGAAAUGAAAAUUGACAUUAAACGUGUUGGGUUCAUUUGCCACACAGUCGUGUGAAAUAAUGUGUCAGAUAUUUUGAUGUUUGUAGCUUUAAAUGAUUCUACCCCCAGUAAAAUUAGUUUCAAAAACCAAAAUCAUACUGGCUUCAGCCUUACAAAUCUUUAGCAGUUAUUUUAUCUGUCACAUUUUCAAACCUAUUUUUGCAACCACCUGGGACUACAAAAAGCAAAUAAACAAAAGGGACACUCGGGAUUCUAAGGGUGCUUUUUAGCCAGAAGUGUUACUAAGGGCUGCCCAGCAACCCAUAAGAUAAAGGGGCACAGUACGAAUCUGCCUGCAGAUAAUAACUGGUUCCUAGGCCAGUGUGGUGUAGUGGUUAAGAGCGGUAGACUCGUAAUCUGGUGAACCGGGUUCGCUUCCUCGCUCCUCCACAUGCAGCUGCUGGGUGACCUUGGGCCAGUCACACUUCUCUGAAGUCUCUCAGCCUCACUCACCUCACAGAGUGUUUGUUGUGGGGGAGGAAGGGAAAGGAGAAUGUUAGCCGCUAAGAGAAUCCUUAGGGGGAGUGAAAGGCGGGAUAUCAAAUCCAAACUCCUCCUAGGUGGAACAGUGACUGCACAUGAAGCACCCUCCAUACACGCCAUGCAAGAAAAUUUAUAUUUGAAGUACUUUUUGUUCAGCCCACCUAUGUUGGCACUACAACGACAGGAGAAGCAACUGUCUGGAUAGGCUCACCUGAACAUGCUUCUGAAUUUGCCUUAGAUUUGAGAUUUUCCUUGCAGCCCAUUCACACAAUAUGCAUUCUGGAGGUACACUGCUGGUAUCCCAUGUAUAUUUGUAGGGAUGCACGAGGAAACUAAUAAUUGUCUUCCAGGAUCAGACCAAAGGUCCAUCACUCUGUCUUCCAUACAACUAGCCAUUGAGGUGCUCCCAAGUAGGCAGGGCUGGCACCAGCAGUUGGCAUCCCUGGUUACCUGUUCAGGCCCGCGCUCCAGUGUGAGGCUUUGGAGCCUCCUGGUCCUGUUUCUGCUCCUCCUCCUUGCUAUUUCUGCCUGUUUAGCUGCCAUUUUUUCAGCAAAGGAACCUGCAGCAACUCUUAAUAAAUGGUGCAUUCCUUGCCCUACCAUUGAGGCAUGUGCUCUUACAUACACUGCCCCACACUGGAAGCAAGGGACAGGGGCAACUAUACAGCUACCAGAGCUACCAGGUGUUAAAGACCCACCUGCUAACUAUGUUGGAGUGGUUAGUUGCUGAUGCUGUUGUUUUAUCUGUUUAAUUAUUGAUGCAUUGUUUUAUUGAACCUUAUUUGUUCUUUUAACUUUCUUGGUUAUUCACCCUGGGUUUCUUUGGAUGAAGCAGGGAGGUUAUAAAUGUAUUUACAUAAAUAAACAAAAUCAAAAUAUUUGUAUACUCUUGUUGCAGGUCUGAGUCAAAGACUGUGCUUUUAAGUUUCCAGCCUGUUUUACCUUUGCCCCCCCCCCCAAUAAUCCAUUGCUAAAUUCUGAGCAGAGGGCUUUGUUUUUUAACUUGUUAACUCAUGAAUAUUAUUUGCAGAUAAUAAGGCAGCAAUUUCCGCAGUUAACAACAAGAAGACUGGGAACCAGAGGCCAGUCAAAGUAAGCAAUAAUGUGUGUUUCAUAAUCACGGAAAGGCUAAGUAUGGUCGUAGGUUAUUCACUGGGAGCCUUUUUGUAAUAUGGCUUUUGGUGUGUGUUGAAGGGAGAAACACCAAACAAAUCUGACCUUCUUUAGGUCCAGUAAAGGGCACUGGCUCUUUUGUUCGAUAUGCUUUGUUCUGUGGGAUCAGCAGUGCUACUGAGAGUCUGAUAUGCAACAGAGCGACGGAGCUCCUAAACUUCUAAUAGUUGCAGAGAAGAGAUUGCUUUAGCAGCAACCAAAACUCUUUUCCUCUCCAAGGCUGUUCAAGGUGUAGAAACGCUGCCUUCUGCUGCAGUGGGUCACCUUGGACUCAGAUUUGGGCGGAAAGAAUGCCAGGGCUUUACAAUUCGCAAAAGAUAACAAGAUGCUUGCUUUCUCUUCAUCAGAAGAAGAGAUCAGUGGUCAUCUUGCCAGUUUGCACAUGGGUGUGUCUGGAUGCUUCCAGAUUGGGAGGGGCCUUAAUACUGUAAAUGGGUCGUCCAUAUAUAACAAACAGGUUGUUGGCAGCAGGCUCUUUAAUUGGAUUUUCCUGGUUUAUCAGAUUAAAUUGGAGGGGGAUAUAGACUGGGAUUUUUAUGCCAACAACAUGGUGUGGGUGGGAAAGAAAUGCAAUUCAGUUUGCAUUUAAAGGUAAACCUAACUUAUUCACACUUUCUGAAACACUGUGCAAACCAAAACACAGCCAGUCUUUGGAAUUCACAUUUUUCCAAAUUAGCAGUGCACUUCUCCAGCCGAGUAAUGUGUAUAAAAUGCAUAUACUAAGUUACAGGGUCACAUAAAUAUGCAUAUAUUUGUGAAAAUAUCAUAGAGAAAUGCAUUAUAUUAGGCAAAAGUUCCAUACAAAAAUGUGUAUAAGUUGGAGGAAUUUGUACUAAAAUGCUGUUGGCUUUUUUAUGAGGAUUAAAAAACAAACCCACAAACUUUUGUGGAAAUGUGGACUAAAUUUAAGAUGGGGGGGGGGGGACUGGGAGAAAUCAAAGUGGACAUGAUGGUCCAUCCCUUGUAUGGAUGCUGUGAAAAACGUUAGCACAUGAGAAGCACCCAUCUCACAAGAAGCAUCCGUCUGGAAGCACCCCAUGUCACAACCGGGAUAACAUAUAUGGGCUUUUUAAAUUCCCCCAAAGCAGCCGGAGGAAGGACAGCUGCAGCUUCUCCCUCUCCUGUAAUCUACCCUCUCCCCUGCCUGCUGGUUGGUACAACUGGAGUCCUCCCAGCAGACAAGGGAGUGGGCAGCAUAUGGCAGGUGAGAGGAGUAGCAGGUAAGAGAAGCUGUGUCCCUCCCUGUAUUGGAUAUGUAAAGCUAUAUUUCAUAUUUCAUACUCUCUAGAUUGUUAUUAAACUGCCUUCCUUCCAUCCAACCUCAGACAUGGAGGGAAGGCUGAAGCUUUGCAGUUUUUGCUUUUCCAUUCACACUUGAUGCUUGUUCUGGACUGGAGGUACGCUAGAAUCAAUACCAGCUCCUCUCUUGUGCUUUAUCAGCUGCCUGACAUCCAGAGAUAGAGGAGGUCAAGUUUUUUCUAAUGCUUCUCUCACCAGGCCAACCUGGCAAGGAAAACCUGGCUUUGCUGCCACAUGUAAGCUGAACAGGCAGGUGCAGCCACUCACAGGUCCCUGAUUUCUGCCCCCACCUAUUUCUCACAACCACACAUUUCAUUUUAACAUGUGCACCGAUAGGGUUUGCAUGAAUGUUUGCUGGCUGCCCGAAAAGGAGUGGGGACCCAAGGCCUUUCCUGGAGGGCAUCAGGAAGAAGCUCCAGGUGCACCGAGGCGCAGUAUUUCAGGACGAUGCAAGUUGCAGGAGGUUGAACUAGAUGACCCUCCCAACUCUACAGUUAAUGGGACGCGGGUGGCGCUGUGGUCUAAACCACUGAGCCUCUUAGGCUUGCCAAUCAUAAGGUCGGCAGUUCGAAUCCAUGCGACGGGGUGAGCUCCCAUUGCUCGGUCCCAGCUCCUGCCAACCUAGCAGUUCAAAAGCACACCAGUGCAAGUAGAUAAAUAGGUACUGCUGUGGUGGGAAGGUAAAUGGCGUUUCCAUGCACUCUGGUUUCCGUCAUGGUGUUCCCUUGCACCAGAAGCACUUUAUUUAUGCUGUCCACAUGACCCAGAAAGCUGUCUGUGGACAAAUACCGGCUCCCUCGGCCUGAAAGCGAGAUGAGCGCCGCAACCCCAUAGUCUCCUUUGAUUGGACUUAACCGUCCAGGGGUCCUUUACCUUUUUCUUUGAUUCUAUGAUGUGGUGUGGACAAGGAGCACAAAAAGAAAUGAAACACUGGCCCUCUUGUUUCAUGCAGUGCCCUGCUGCCAUGGGGAAGGGGUAGCCAAUGUUUUGCUCUGCAGAUGUUGCUGGACUUACCUUCCAUAAUCCAUGAUUAUUGGUCACGUUGUCUGGGGCUGAUGGGGGGUUUGAGUCUAACAACAUCUGGAGGCCCCACUUUGGCUACCCCUGCCAUAAGUGGCUUUGUGAGACGCUGCUAGAAGCCAUUCUCUCAUGGCUGUUCUUUGUAUCCUCCUAAGUAACUGUAUAGACCAUUUACCAGGAACUAAAGGGAGGUCUGUACAUCUGUGGCUUAGUUUGCACUAAGCAUCUGGACAGGAGGCUUCCUUGGGCAGGAGGCAAAAGCACUGGGCUCUUCCACAUUUGGCAGCCCUUAGGAUACUUCUCCAGCCGGACUGGACUGUGAAUUGCUUUGAACAUUGCAAUUACAUUCCGUUGCUGGAUUUUCACUCGUGCAUCAACUUGUAAAUUGGCGUAAAAUCUGCUUCGUUCGCAGUUUCCUUUUUAAAAACCAUACUGAGUGAAUAACUCCUUUCUGAGGGUCCCCACCCCCUCCCGCUAACAAAUGUGUAUUUCAACAUUUCAGGUACCAUUACUAUGGGAUUGCAGUAAAAGAAAGCUCCCAGUAUUAUGACGUGAUGUAUUCUAAGAAAGGAGCAGCCUGGGUCAAUGAAACAGGAAAAAAAGAAGUCACCAAACAGACAGUGGCGUAUUCACCACGAUCCAAACUGGGGACGUUGCUGCCAGAGUUUCCAAAUGUCAAAGAUCUAAAUCUGCCAGCCAGCUUGCCAGAGGAGAAGGUGACUCUAGUGAAAUAGUCUCUGGCUUGCCUUCCCCCCCACCCCCUUUUGCUCCUCUGUUGAGGAAUGGUUGGUCUAUUAUAUGGGGGGAGGGUCACCCUUUGAAAAGAGUGAGUUUAAGGAUGCUCUGACUUUAUUUGGGGGGGGGCUUAACUGCUCGCUGCGCCAGAAACAAGUAUACCACCCCCCUUAUCUUAAAGUGUUUGUUUUCCAAUGUAUAUGUGGCAGGAUGCUUGCCAAUCUAGACAUGUGGGAGAUCUGUGGCUAUGUCUCCCAACAUGACUUACUUGGUUUAAGAACCAACCACAGGGAGUGGAGGAGGUAUGUAGCUCAAGGCCAAAGGGCAGGGCGUUAAUUCCCUCCUGCCUAUGCCAUUUCCUUGACUUAAAUUGCAACCCCAUCACUUAUCUCCCACAUCAUGUCUAGUUGGGCAAGUCGGUGAUUGUGAAAAAAUACAUAUAUAUAUGUGUGUGAUCCUUUUGAUCAUAAGGAUAGAGAUAGGUAGGUAGGUAGGUAGGUAGAUAUAGCAGAUAUCCCAUGUUUUUUUUUUUAUCUGGAGGAGGAGAAAGAGCCCUAUAUCGAUAUAUUUCCAGCACUCAUCCUGUCUGCAAACGGAAGCCCAUUUUGCCAGAGAAUAUUAUGGGCCAAAGUGGCAGAACCUCAGGCAGCUUCAAAGAGACAGUUUGCUUUGAUGAGGUCCAAAGCCCAACUGGACCCUCUCAGGCUCUGCUCAUGUGCUGGGGAACACAGAGUUUUGAAUGGGCCGCUCUUGCAACCUGGGCCCUAGCCUAGUUUUCUGUCACUUCUCCAUUAUUUUCUCACUGGCUAUGUUCCAUAUAUUGGUCAGUAUAAUUGGGAGAAAUCUAAUACAAGAGUCUUAGGCUUAGAGUUGUCUAGCUAAAGGUCUCCAGCUCAAGGCGUUUCUCUCUGUGUGACUUGGGCCUUCCACAGUCUGUGCCCCCAGCCCUCCUGACUCAGCCAGACCCUCACUCUCUGUGUCACAGGGAAGGAUCUUAGCUCAGUGGGAGAGCAUCUGCUUAGCAUGCACAAGGGCCCAGAAUCAAUCCCUGGAAUUUCCAAGUAGGGUUGGAAAUGUCUCAUGUCUGAAAGAGAGACAGCAGCUGCCAAUCAGUGUGGACAAUACUGAGCUAGAUGGAGCAGCUCAGUAUAAGGCAGCCACUACCUGUUUUCCUAAUGGCCGAGUCGUUGCCUGGAGUCAUGGCCAUGAUGAUCUUAGAUUAUUGCUAUGAAAAGAAUAUCUUUUAAAAAUAUUGUUUCCCUCCCUUGCCAGGUGUCCACUUUUAUUAUGAUGUACAGAACACACUGUCAGAGGAUACUCGACACUGUAAUAAGAGCCAACUUUGACGAGGUUUGUAGGAAAAUAAUAAUUAAAAGUUUCAUGGGCAACAGAGUAGCCAUCUGUAUUGUACUUGUAGAUAGUGGGGAAGCCUCUGGUAUUUAUAGUUGGCUGAGCUGCUGUGAUGGUUUAAAAUGCUGAAUUUCAAACACGGACCUGGUUGCACAUCAUGGUAAGCCACAGUUUGUUUUGAGCCAUGGUUUAAUCAUGAACAUGCCUCCCACUGCCGCAAGGGCCUCCACACAGCUUCUCCCCCUCCCCAUGUGGCUCCUACAUGGUUCAAAUAAGCCAUGAUAUGGCUUAUCAUGUUGUCUAAAGCAGCUUGUUUGCUUCAAACAAAACCACAAGUGGUAAGCCAGAAAUAAACCAAGGGACGUUCACAAUUAAACAAUGGUCUAAGAUAAACAGUGGCUUACUGUGAUGUGAGGAUGAGGCCAUUCUCAACGACAGAAUCUUCUCCCUCCCAGUCAGCCCACCUGACCAGUAUCUGUGCACCAGUAUCAACACAUUUUCCUAGAGGAGGCUCUGCUUAAAGGUGUGAGAGAUAUUGUUUGCACAGGUCUGGUGCAAACUCUUUAACACAGGAUUAGCCAUUGUGGAGCCCUCCAGAUGUUGUUGGGCUACACCUGUUGUCACCGCUGACCAUUGCAAUGCUGGCUGGGGCUAAUGAGAAUUGGAGUCCAACAACAUCUGGAAUCUAUGUUGGCUACCUCUACCUAAACAGUUUGGGAUCAGAUUACAUAAGGGAUCACCUUGCCUCAUACAUUUGACCACUUUGACCUGUGGAACUUACACUUUUACAAGUGCCACAUAAUGUUCUUCAUUUGUAUGUAUGUUUGGUGGUUUUUUUUUUAAAGUUUUGUGGAUUUUCGCUGCAUUUUAUCUACAGAUUUAAUAUGCAUGCUGCUUAGAGAGCUCUUUGACUAAGUGGCUUCUGAGUCUUUGUAAAUAAAUGAAAUGCAAUAAAAAAUAGUCUGCGGCUGACAGCUGCACACGUGGGAUGAGAUAAACUGGGGGUGGGGGAGAGUCUGAUAGCUGUUUCUCUGUACCCUGAGUUCAACUACCUUCCUGCUGUGAAGUGAUGUUAUUGGUAGUGGUCAGCGGAGUAACAACACUUAACCUGACCUCCCAUUGCUGAUGUCAUCAAGGAAGAAGGAGAGGUGUGAGGGGACCACAAGGUUGGUGCUGUGCAAACGCAUUGGGGUAUGUGUGUCUGAUCAGCUCCACUGGUGCAUUUGCACUGCACUGACCUCUCUUGUCACCUUGCCCCUCUCCAAGUAAGGGCCACCACCCCGCCCUGCUGACCGCUAGUGGUUGUUGCUUGGUUAUCUAGGCAAUAAAAAAAUAUUACCAGCUCCAUUUCUUCCUUAUGUCUUGGCACACCUCUAGGUUCAAAGUUUUCUUCUGCACUUUUGGCAAGGGAUGCCACCUCACAUGCUUCCUGUAUUGGGUUCUUCCACAGUAGUAAACAUUGUUGGAGUUUGUGAUUCAAUAUUGUACAAAGCUAUUUCCGGAGUCUUGAUGCCAACGGUGUUGCAGGCAUUACCUGAUAGGUGAGUCUGUUCUGAUAGGCCAGUCUGUAUGUGCAUCUGUGCUCAUGCACAUGUCUUUGAGUCAAAGAAUGUUGCACUUGCACAAUGUUUAAUAAAGAGGCUUUCUAGAAGUGGCUCGUCCCGUGGGUCACAGCUGUAGGGUCAUUGCUGCUUGACGUUUUCCAGGAGGGGAAGGGGUGAGGUGGUAGAAUGCUGGAUUGGUGGUGGGAUACUGGAUUUGCCCACACCGUGCUGACCUCCCAGCUGCAUAGCUGCUCUGCUUUUUGGUAAGUGAUGCCGCUACUGGGAAGCUGGCAUUGCAGCUCCAGCCCACUGUGUGAGCAGCUUCUGGGGAAGUGUUGGUGCUGACCUUUAAAGCCCUAAACGGCCUCGGUCCAGUAUACCUGAAGGAGCGUCUCCACCUCCAUCGUUCUGCCCGGACACUGAGGUCCAGCGCCGAGGGCCUUCUGGCGGUUCCCUCACUGCGAGAAGCCAAGUUACAGGGAACCAGGCAGAGGGCCUUCCCGCCCUGUGGAACGCCCUCCCACCAGAUGUCAAAGAGAAAAAUAACUACCAAACUUUUAGAAGACAUCUAAAGGCAGCCCUGUUUAGGGAAGGUUUUAAUGUUUAAUAGGUUAUUGUAUUUUAGUGUUUUGUUGGAAGCCGCCCAGAGUGGCUGGGGGGACCCAGCCAGAUGGGCGGGGUAUAAAUAAUAAAUUAUUAUUAUUAUUAUUAUUAUUAUUGAAACAUACAUUUAUAAAUAACAUUAGCAUUAUUAUAAAGAGCCACCCAAAUGUAUCUGAUACAGUAUGUUGUUUCGGACUGAGUUCAAAGGGGAAGGAGGGGAAAGGUGAAAGUUGCACAUACAGGAACAUAGGGCAGAAUAGCCUGGAAGAAACAACAACCUUUAUAUUCUGUGCAGAUUUCACAAGCAAGAUAGUUAUAUGUUUUAAAUACUAAACACCUGCAUGUUUGAACUACAGUGGUACCUCGCAAGACGAAUGCCUCGCAAGACGAAAAACGCGCAAGACGAAAGAGUUUUUCGUUUUUUGAGUUGCUUCGCAAGACGAAUUUUCCUAUGGGCUUGCUUUGCAAGACGAAAAACGAAAACGUCUUGCAAGUUUGUUUCCUUUUUCUUAAAACCGUUAAUACCCUAUGGGAAACCGUGCUUCGCAAGACGAAAAAUUCGCAAGACGAAAAAACUCGCAGAACGAAUUAAUUUCGUCUUGCGAGGCACCACUGUGCCCUGUUUCUGUCUUUGACUAUUCUGACAAACUACUUGCCUUCCUUCCUUCAAGAAUGAGUAGAGUUGAUCGAUGUUUUGUGUGCUUUUGUGUACACUUCAGAUUGCUCUUGUUUUGCAACACAUUCUGGGUACAAACCUAUACAUGCAUAUUCAGAAGGAGCAAGUCUCACUGAGUUCAGUGGGGCUCCCCCAGCCCUGUUAAUUGUGUAUGGGACUGCAGCAUCAAUAACUUAAAAGGUCAUUGGGGCAAAGGGUAGAUUAGGUGAGCCAUUAGUUUCUCAUGGCUGCAGGCAUGAAUGCAGAGAAAGAGGUUCAGCAUAGAUUUCUGAAGUGGUACUUUCCUUUUCAGCUUGACACAGGUGAUACGCAAGUUUGCCAAACAACUGGACGAGUGGCUAAAAGUGGCUCUUCAUGACUUGCCGGAAAACCUACGAAAUAUCAAAUUUGAGCGUAUGUAUUGUAUAAUUUCUUACUUUGGUCAGGAAAACAACAUGGUGUUACCUGUUAUUGGUAACAAACAUAGAAAAUAUUUCCCCCCCAAAAAAAUUCUGUUCCUUUUGGCGGGAGUUCCUUGCACAUUCAUCUUUACAUCAUUUCAUCAGACCAUAUGCCAUCCCACAUCAGUACAAGUGCCCAAAUACUUAUUUAUUUCCAUUUAUGAAUCACUUCCUGGAAAAUACCUUGAAGGGAUUUAACAAUUUAAAAAAUCAACAAUAAAAAAAAUGCAAAAAGUUCAUAAACAAUUUUAAACAUUUCAUUUGAAAAACCAUUUCAAAUUUGACACAAGCUGGGGUAAAAAAAAUAAAUCCACAUAAAAGGCUUGUUGAAAAAAUAAAGUUUUCUGAAAGCGCCAAAAAUGCAAUAGAGAUGGUGGCUAUCUGAUAUGAAACAGGAGUUCCAAAGGGAAGGUUCUUCCAUGCUAAGGGCCAAAUUCUAGCAUUGUAUAGGAUAGAUUUGAAGGAGUUCCUUUCUUACAGAGCACAGUGAUCACGAACCCUCCAACAUUUCUCCGAUGAAAAUAGGGACGUCCCAUUCCAUAAUGAUAAUUUUACUAUUUAUACCCUACACAUUUUACUGAGUUGCCCCAGCCACUCUGGGCAGCUUCCAACAUAUACAAAAACAUAAUAAAACAUUAAACCUUAAACAAACUUCCGCAUAUAGGAUUGCCUUCGGAUAGCUCAGGGAUUGGAUAACUCCAUACCCUCCAACAUUUCUCCAGUGAAAAUAGGGACAUCCUAAGGAAAAGUGGGACAUUCCGGGAUCAAAUCAGAAACCGGGAUGGCUUCUCUAAAUUAGGAAUGUCCCUGGAAAAUAGGGGCCCUUGGAGGGUCUGUGAUCAGUCGGGUAUAUAAGGGAUGUGAUAAUCUUUUAGGUAUAACACUUGGCACAGCACUGAGUCAAAAUUAACUGAUAAUUCCUUUUGGCUAUGUGAACCAAGCUGAACUUUCUCUUCCGUGAUGGCCUGGAUGUAGUUUUAGUGAAUCCAAAACCAUUAAACAACUCUCCAGAUUUUCGGCUGUUUGAAUACAGCUCGAGGCCUUUGCUCAGAAAAGGUGGCAGAGUUAAAAAUGGAGGCGAUCAAAUUACCCUAUCUCCACGGGAAAGGGCACCACACUCUUUUCAGGCAUGCUUUGUAGAUGCCUGCAGUGCACAUCACCUAUUGAUAAAGUCUGCUUUAUUUCAUGGCUCUCAAUUCUUCUCCUUUUAUAAGUGCCAAAUUCCACAUCACAAAGUUGAAAAAGAGGGGGGAAGAAUGAGAAGGAGAUGAAAGGGGAGGGAAAACUAAUUUAGGAAAAGGAUUAGGCAUUGAUUAGCAUGAAAAAUUAAAAUAACCUUUUGUGGAGGAGACUUGGGAUAUAAACUUCUCAAUAAUAUUUUUGUAAUUUCAUAAUUUAUUCAAAUAUUAUAGGUUCAGUCCUUCUCUCAAAAUUAAUUGUGGUUUGCUAUUAGCUUUACUAAAGCAGAACUGCAUCCAGAGAGAAUUAUUUGGAAUGUUUUCCCCCUGGUUAAGUCAGUACUAAGUAUAUGAUGUAUUCUACAUUUGUUUUACAGAUGAGAUUUUUAUUGUUGGUUUUUUGUCAUGCACUACUAUGAUGAUAUAUAUAUUUAAUGUUGAUGGCAUAGAAAACUUUGCAAGUAAUAAAUAAAUAACUUGCUACAGGAAAAAGUUUUUUUCUGACUCUAGGUCUGUGCAAUUUAUAAGUUUUGUUGUUGACCUAAUUAAGCAUUUUUUUUGUACAACAAUAUUCAGUUGUAGAUUACUGCAGUGAUUCAGUAUAAAAAUACUCUUAACAUGUUUAGUUUAUUCUGCAGAGCUUUGGAUGCAUCAACAAGUUCAUAAACAUCAACAAAUAUUUGUUUACAUUUUUCUUAAAAGAAAAUGAAAGACUAAUCAUGUAAAUUACAUUAUUUGGAUUUAUUCCUGAAAAUAAAGAUGUGAAUUUAUAUACCAGUAAUAAGCAAACACACACCAGCAAAUAAUGUGGAUUUUGCUUGCAUAAAUGGACCCAGAUUUCAGGUGAUAAGUGUCCUACAGUUACUAGCCCCAAAUCAGUCCCACUUAAGUCCACUGAAAUCAACAGGACAGGAUGGUCACAGUGAAUCCUGCAAUCCUAUACCUCGUUAACCUGAGGGUAUGCCUCAUUGUACACAGCAGAACUUACUUCUGAGUAGAUAGGAUUGGGCUGCACCAUGGAUUUCAGUGGCAGAUUGGCCUUGGUCCAUAGAAAAUUAAUUGUGCUGAUUUGGAUUCCAAAAACAGGAGUUUUAGUAAAAAGUCAAAAAGUACCACUCCAACUAAGAUACUUUUGUUUGUUUGAUAACAAAAAUAACCAGUCUGGUUUAUUAUAAUAAAUAUCUUCUUCAUUGGCAGUAUCCAGAAGGUUUUCUCAAAUUCUUCGGAGACAGACAUCCUUAAAUCAUCUUUGUCAGGUAUUUUGUCUUUAUUACAAGGUCGCUUUAUCUGUGGUUUAUUGAUCCUUUGCUUUGGCAGCUGUAUAAAUACCAGGGCCGAGUCAAAUUUUCUCAGAAAACAUUUUUCUGACAUAAUUUUCUUUUAUGAGCUCCUCUCCCCUACUGGAGAAAUUCAAACAUCUCCAGAAUAUUUGGUAGAAUAUUUGGAGAAUAUUUGGUAGAAUAGCCUCUCCCACGUUGCCUUCCAUGGUCUCUGGACACAACUAUUUUAAUAUUGUUUAAAGUAUAUCUUUAGGUUCAUAGUAGAGUAGCCACUUAAAUUUUGGUAAAAAUGCUGCCACCUCGGGGAAAAGCCCCCAAGAGCCGCGCGCUCUUUAAAGGGUGUGCGGCUCCUGCGGGCUUUGAUUGAGGAGGGAGAAGGGACUGGCUGGCUGCGUCAGUCCUUUCUCUCUCCUCGGGGAAAAGCCCCCAAGAGCUGCGCGGAGUGUGUGUCUUGGGGGCUUUUCCCACCUGCCUCCCGCCUGCAUUCGCUCCAUAAGACGCACACACAUUUUCCCUUACUUUUUAGGAGGGGGGAAGUGUGUCUUAUGGGGCGAAAAAUACGGUGUUGAAGGCCUCAUAUGCAGCGGUGAAGCAAGCUGAUCGGGCGCCUGGGGUGGCGCACGUGCCCUGUGCCCAGGGGCGGGGCCAGCCAGGGCAAGACGCUCCGUGGGGCCUCCGAGGAGUCUGCCUUCCUCCUCCCACUCAGCCGUCCUACAGCUGAGGGAGAGGCGGCGGGCGGACCAUUUGGGACAACAUGGAGCCUGCAGGUGCCCAAGCCACCGCGUCAUUCCCAGGAGAGACACGUAGCUCAGGCACACUGUGAGUGCCGCCCGGCAUUUUGUCACCCCCCUCAGUAGUGACACCCGGGCGUCCCGCCCCCACCGCACCCCCCUUCCUCCACCCCUUCUCACACGAUGAUGGUUCGCGUCUCCGCUCCUCCACAUGCAGCUGCUGGGUGACCUUGGGCUAGUCACACUUCUCUGAAGUCUCUCAGCCCCACUCACCUCACAGAGUGUUUGUUGUGGGGGAGGAAGGGAAAGGAGAUUGUUAGCCGCUUUGAGACUCCUUUGGGUAGUGAUAAAGCGGGAUAUCAAAUCCAAACUCCUCUUCUUCUAAAAAGAGAAGUGCCAUGAGACAAGCACUCUGCGUUUUUCCAUCCUCUUCCCUAAAAGCCGCCCCCCUCCCUGGAGCAUCAGAGCUAGUUAUGGUCAUACUAGUCACCAUUAUUAUUUCACAUAUGGGGGGUGGGGCAGAGCUGCAAAUGUGUUUGUGCUAUUGUGCCUGCAGCCUCAGUUUCACGUGGAAGGUGUGUGAUUUCAGGUGCCUCUUUGCAUGGAACUGAAGUAGCAAAUUCACAGUGUGAGGAUUUUGUUUUUGAUGUGAUAAAAGGUAUGGAUUAGCCUUUGGUGUGUCUAAAGGAGUAAGCCUACCGACCGGGCCCUUGCAGACACAGUUCAAGGGUGGAGAUUCCGACUCCAGUGCGUGUUUGUUCUUCAACUGAUGUGCAAUUAAAACAACAACAACACUGUAGAGCAAACAACACUGUAGCACAAACAAAUGGAGGUAAUCUGUUUAGGUGAGUAGAGAAGUAGGGAAAAUUCAAUUCAGUUUGCAUUUAAAGCCAAAGCUAUCAAAUUCUCACUUUUCAAAACAAUUUGCAAGUCAAAACACAGCUAUCCUUCAAAAGACAUACCCAAAUUUUGUGAUGCAAUUCUUCAACCAACCAUUGUUUAGAAAUACGCAUAGAUUAGGGGGAAGUGUGCAAGAUGUUCAUGAAAAUAACAUACAAAAAUGCAUUAAAUUGGGGGAAAUUGCUUGCAAAAAUGUGCACAUUGGCCCAAACUGCAUAUAAACACGUGUUUAUUAGGAGAAAUUCAGACUUAAAUGCUGUUGAAUUUUCAUGCAGAUUAAAAAAAAAAUUCAAACUGUUGCAAUGUGGUGAGCUCAAUUUAGGAUUGUAAAAAUGAGAAACUGAUGGAACCGAAAUGGACCGAUCCUUCCAUCCCUAGUAGUGAGUAGAUAGAUGGAUAGAUGCCUGUUGUGACCCACAAUGCUUCUAGAUUAGAAUCCAUGAGAAAAUCAAUUUAGUGAGACUUGCCAAGGAAGCGUGUAAGGGGAUAAAAGUCUAUUUUUCAAGCUAAUAAACCAUGAGCUAAUGAGUUGCUUGGACUGGAUUAUAGGCAUCAAGAACCGUGAUCCACAGUGCGGACAUCACAUUCCAAAUGCUGGAAGACUGGAGGAAUGUGGACCUUAACAGCAUUACCAAACAAACGCUAUACACCAUGGAAGACUCGCGGGAGGAGCACAGGAAACUUAUAAUACAAUGUAAGGAUAUAAAAACCCUCAGCUCUGAUGAGAGAGGGCAGCUCUGGACCUCAUGGCAAAUACAGAGCGUGCCAAAGUAGUUGCUCUUUGACAUCAGCAAGGCUCCUCUGUGCAUCCUAAUCUGUUGAUUAAAAGCGCAAAAGACAACAAGUGGCUGGCAGUAGGAAGAUCCUUGGGGAAAGAGCAGCUGCUUAACCCUUUCCCUCCCUGCCGUUUGUCCACUCAGAUUUCCUCCCUACUCUCAGCAGCUCUCCCACCUGCAGGGCAGAAAGAGAAGACGAAGUGAGUCAAUUGCAUAGGAGAGUCUAAAAUGCUUUUAUUCCUCCUGCCUCUUCUAAUGCACAUGUUAAAAUUUAUGUAAACUAAGUACAGGACCCAGAUGCGAGAUAGUGUCUUGGACAUGGAGCCAGGUGCAAAAUGGUGACUCAGGAGGUGGAGCCAUAAGUUUUCUGGAAAACCAUAUUAAGCAAGUUCAGAGUGAGAAUAUGAUGUAGUAACUCCCACUCUGUGCAAUGGGGCCUACUCCCAGGCUUUAAUCACAUUUUAUUUUCCUGCUGUGUUUUAAAUGGAAUGUUGCUCUUGUUGGUUUUGAGCCACUUCGAUCCAUUGCAAAAAGCAGCCUGGAACUUUUCAUAAGCAAAGCCAUUGCAAAUACAUAUCUUUAAAGUUUACCUCCCUGUGGCAAAUCUGAAAGAUGGUAUUCGUCUUGUAGAUAAUAUCCCGUAAUUUCUUUGAAGUCAUUAAAUAUGACAGUUUGGUAGGUUUUGAUAGGAAAUAGCUUGCCUUUUAGCUAUGGCAAAUAAAUAAAUGUUGCUAGCAUCAGUUACGUAUUUGUGGAGCGUUUACUGAUGGGAAGGCCGUCAGCCGCUCUUGGGUUCCAAUAGCAUUUUGAUGCAUUUCUAAAUCAAUUUCAUGCAUGACCUUCUUUAUCAAAAGGGUCAGAGCCUAGCUUUCGCUCUUGGAAGAAAGACGAUCAUUGCUGUGUCUCUAAUUUACUUAUAGGCAGGCACCGCUGGAAAAAUGGGGGGGGGGGAGAGAAAGAGUGAGGGAGAUCAAACGCAGCAAAUGUUUUUUGCUUUUCCAUGUUUUUAAAGAAAGAACAGCCCAUAUUUUUAUAAAGUGAAGAAACUGUCAAAAAAUGGUGCGGAAAACAAGGAAAGUGUUACUGAUUUCCCCCUCCCCAUUUUACUCCAGUAAGAGGGCAACAGUAAUUUAUUGUUUGGAUUUGGGUUUUCUUUCUGCCAGUAUAUCAAGAGUUCGAUCACCUUCUGGAAGAGCAGUCGCCCAUUGAAUCCUACGUGGAAUGGCUGGAUUCCAUGGUGGACAGAUGCGUCGUAAAGGUCAGUAGGAAAAAAGAAUGGUGAAGGUAACACUCAGAGUGUGGAGCUCUGUGUCUAGCCAUUUCCCUUCUAAAAACAAAGCUACAGCACAUGGUUAGCUAGGAGAACGCUUAACCAUGUAUCCUUGUUCAGACGACAUGCUAAGCCAGACCUUGGCUUAGGUUGGUGCAGCAGUGAAAAUGACCAGGGAGAUGCAAAGCAGCUGUGAGCACCUCUGUGACAGCAGCUUGCGUAUGCACACAUUCUCACUAAGCCAUAGUUUGACUUAUCUUGUUGUUCAUAUCAGGUCUCUUAUUAUGUCGCAUUGUACUGGCGGGCCAAAAAAGUAGCUCGUGUGGGUGGCCUUGACUCUGAAAACGCUAACGAUAAAAAGUGAUUACUAGUUGCCGGCUGUCAAGUGUUGAUUUUUAGUUAUUCUGCUAGCAGAAAGCCCACCAAACAGCUGGAAUGUAGCUACGGCUGUUGCAUAUAUAUCUGCGCACAUGCUAAUUUUUGACCCUUUGCUUCCAGGCCUGGUAAAUAUGGCAGUUUCCCCUUUCCUUGAUGCAAGGUGUCCUGGUUGUUUGCAUGCAAAUAGGUCUGAGAUGAGCAUGACAAUUGGUGUAAUGAUUGUUGGUGUCAUGGUGGCACUUCUGAUACCCCCAACACAGGGGAAAGCAGGGGUGUUCCUCUGUGCAGUUCCUAGAGGGAAGGAGUACUUGUGGUACUCUUCCCCCCCCCCCCCGAUGAAAGAUUGGAGGUCCCCCAAAGACAGGUUCUCUGUUCCCUCUCUGCUUUAUGUUAGCAUCUCUCCCACCCACACCAGUGAAAUCAUUCAAAAGGAGAAGGUAGACUUGCAGACUUUUAUUUUUUAAAAAAUCUUCUUUAUAACUAUUCAUAUGAAAUUACAAUUGAAUGUAGCUAUCUAAGAAGAAGAUAGAAGAACACAUGCAAUGUUGUCCUUGGCUGGCUGUAAGUAAGUACAGUGAAGACGCAUCUGAUCUGAAUCACAUCCAUUUCUUUUUAUUGGCAGGUAGCUGCUAAGAGACAAGGCUCUUUGAAGAAAGUUGCUCAGCAAUUCCUCUUGAUGUGGUCUUGUUUUGGCACCAGGGUUAUUCGGGACAUGACGUUGCACAGUGCUCCCAGCUUCGGUACUUUCUCUUCAUAUCAACAGUAAAAAUAUUUUUAGAGAACAAUUUUUAAAAAAUAAUAAAAACAGGAAGUGGAAUUAAGAUUUUCAAAAUAUGCAAUCUAGCUGUUUUGUUUUCCAGAGCAAAAGGCUAUGUUUUCCACCUUCAUAAGGAUCACCAAUUACCAAAAUUUGGUCUGCUCAAGUGGUUACCUGAUUAUUCAUGUACCAUGUUGCUCAUGGAACCCUAAGAUGUAGACUACAAUUGAAUAGUGCCCUAUACCCAAUUUCUUUCUGCAUUGCCACUCACAGCCUGUUGAGUCAGCAAGCUUCAAACCACUGCCCAUUCACUUCUACUCGAAAGAGACAGAGGACAAAAAUGGCAAUAAAUGUCUAGUUCCUAGAGUUUCCAUCUGUUUCCUCACCCUUUCUUUUUCUGGUAGUUGGUUGUAAAAAAAUGGCUUAGUGAGGCUAAAAGUAGAUGUUUAACUGCUGUCAGAAGAACACAAGAUGAGCCCUGCUGGAUCAAGCCAGUGUCCUCUUCUCACAGAAGGAACAUAACACUCUGCAAAUCUGGAGAGGUAGCUCUCUAGUAGCAACUACUAGUUACCCUUGCAGUUCAACUGAGUGGGGAAGGAAGCAGUUGGGAGAAACCAAAGCAGAACAAAACAAAAUUCCACUUCCUCUAGUCUGAUCCCAAUUGUGUUUGGGCUUCCCUUUCAUAAAGUGACCAGUAGAAGGACUACAUAGGACCAAUGAGUUUCUAAAUGCCACGAGGAUUCCAUUAACGGUUUUAUGCUCAUGCUGUUUUGUCAUCAGGAUCUUUUCACCUUAUUCACCUGAUGUUUGAUGACUACGUAUUGUACCUGUUAGAAUCACUCCAUUGCCAGGAAAGAGCCAAUGAGCUCAUGAGGGCAAUGAAAGGAGAAGGAGGAACAGGUAAGCUGCUUCAUUUGCGCUUAAGAACAUGGGGAACCUCCUGAAUGCUGCUGCCAUUGGCCCCUCUAGUUCUGUAUCCUGUUCUCCCAGGGGCCAACCAAUUUCUGUGGGAAGCCUGCAAGCAGGGCACUCUGCACACCUGCAGUUACCCGCAACUGUUAUUCAGAGGCAUACUUCCUCUGAUGGAGGAGGUAAAGAAAAGCCAUCAAGGCUAGUAGCCAUUGAAAGUCUUGUCCUCCAUGAAUUUGUCCAGUCAUUUUUUUAAGCCACCCAAGUUGGUGGCCAGCCCUGCCUCCUGUGGGAAUGAGUUCCAUAGUUUAUAUGCUGCAUGAAGAAGUACUUUUAUCUGUCCUGGAUCCUCCAUCAUUCAUGGUUGUCUGCAAGUUCUAGAGUUAGGAGAGAGGGAGAGAAACUUUUCCCUUUCCACUAUCUCCAUGCCAGGCAUAUUUUUUUAAACUUCUAUCAUGUCACCUCUUACUUACCUUUUCUUUAACCUAAAAAGUCCCAAAUGCUCAACCUUUACUCACAGGGGAGUCGCUCCAUCCCCUUUAACCUUUUAGGCUGCCCUAUUCUGGACCUUCUCCAAAUCUACUAUACCCUGGGGAAACUUGCAUCACUAUUAAGCACAAAGAUAAACUAAGUGGUCCAUUGGGGAAGGGCCGUAAGUCAUUGACAGAACAUGUGUUUUGAAUGUAGAAGGUCUCAGGUCCAUCUCAUGGUAGGGCUGGGAAUGUCUCCAGCCUGAAACUCAGGGGGCGGAGGCUGUUACCAGUCAGUGUCCACAAUCCUGAGUGGGACAAAUGAUCUGACUCAGUAGAAGGAAAGCUUUCUGUGUUCCUAAAUGCAUCUCCUCACCACUAUUCUGGUGGGAUGAGGGAAGCCACAACUAGGAAACCUAUUUUCAUUUGUGAUGCACAUGCCCCAAAGUUAUUCUUCAUUCAUACCACCUACUUAUUUUAAAAAAUUGCAGUAUUGUAGUAGAAAAACUACAAUAGUAGUCAUUGGUGUCAGAUCUUACAAUAUACAGUAUUCAGUGCUUGGCAAGGUGGGCCAUACCUUUGAACCCAACAAUAGUGGAUCCUGAGUAAAUCCCUAUUAUUAGUAGUACAAGUAGUAGUAGUACAAUGUAGUACUAGUAGUAGUACAAUUGAAUUUUGAAGUCCAUUGUCAAGGUACUCAGAGCUUCAGAUUUUCCCUCUGUAAAGAGAAGCGCUGAGCCAGGCAGCUGUUCGGGAAGGCCAUAAUUCUAAAUGUAUGUGGACAGGCCAUGCUUGGUUUGUGAUCAGACACUCCACAUAGGCUUUGAGGAAAUUUUCUUUUAUUAUGACUUCACAGGUUCUUGGGCUGAUCUCUGGGGCAAACUAAGGGUCUUCUUUAGAAUGCUGGAAGAAGAAUAGUAAUCUAGACAUUGUUAUUGAAGUUUAACAUCCUUUUUACAGAAAGGAAAUAAAAAAGGAAAGGCGUGGUAUUUCAGCAUCUGUUUCUCCCCCCCCCCCCUUCUUUGCAGUGGAAGUACGAGAAGAGAUAAUACUGGCAGAACCAGUUCCUCCAAGUCCUUCCCCAGUGCCUUUCUCUCCAGCUAAAUCUGCCACCUCAGUGGACGUCCCAUCUGCACCCUCGCCUGUAAGCAACCAGUCUCCGGAGUAUGUUGGCAUAGCAACGACAACAGGUUGGUAAGGCUGAAGGUGUCUGAUUGGUAGUUCACUUUUCGGGGGGGGGGGAGUAACAUUCAAAACCUGAAAAAGCAUGGUUGUGUGUUUGCUGCUCAUUUACAGCGAAUGAAGAAGAUGGAUCUUUCUUAUGACGUCCAAUCAGGACGGGGCAGUGCUCAAAUUACAGGAGGGACAGGGGGAACUACAUUAUUUGGGGGAGGGGGUGCCCUUAGCUACUGUCUUUGAAGGCCAUGUGGUGGGGGCAUGAUUUUGACUCAAGUCUCCCCCGUCAUCAUUUGAGUACUGGAAUCCCAUCAGAGGGGGAGCGUGUCUUGGAGGCUAGCUGAAACGGAAAAAUGUCAGGCAAGGAAAGCAUUAAGCACCCCUUCUCCACACCACUUCUUUGCUCCAAAUUAUCCCCUCCACAACUUGCUUUUUAUUUGAAAAGCAGCUGCAGGAGUUCUGCUGCUGCACCUUUGAAAUCUUCUCUUUCUGACCUUCAGCCCUUUAUCUGUGCAGUAGAUCAAUAAUAUAGAACAACUUUGCAGGGCUGUUGUACUGCUUGUAGGGAAGGCCCACAUCUCAGUGGUGGAGCACGUGCAUAAAGUCCCAUAUGCAAUCACUCCUGCCAUCACCACUUAAUGGGUUUUUAGGUAGCAGCACUGAGAAAGCUUUCUGCCCAGAGCAGGCUUCCUCAGCCUCGGCCCUCCAGAUGUUUUGAGACUACAAUUCCCAUCAUCCCUGACCACUGGUCCUGCCAGCUAGGGAUCAUGUAGGCCAAAAACAUCUGGAGGGCCGAGGUUGAAGAAGCCUGGCCCAGAGAUUUGCCAAUGCCGAUUAGUUGGACCAUUGAUCUAACUGAGUCUGAGAGAGCUUCAUCAUGGAAAAGAAAUGGGCUGCAUAACACCAUACAUUUCAAGCACAUGGCUUCUUCAAAGAAUUCUGUAAUUAGCCCCCUCAUAGAGAUGCAAUUUUCAGUAUCUGUAACAAACUUAAAAUCCCCAGGGUUCUUUAGGGGAAGACAUGUGAUUUAAUUGUUUGACAUAUACACAGCCUUGCUGAAAGAACAUAUAUGAAUCACUCUGAAUGCAUGCAAGUAUUAUAUAAUUGUCAGCAUUAUUAAGAUUGGUUCCGGUAAAUUUAAAACUGAAUACCUUUGUAUAACUCGGAAGCUAAUCAUAUUUUAUUCCUAACAGAUUGCAAUUCCCUUCUUUCAGCUUCCAUUAAGACAUUGCUGCUUAUUGGUAGCAUUAACUAUACAUGUUAACUCUAAAGCCCGGCAAAGUACAAUUUCUGUAGACAAUCAGUGACACACACAAAAAGGCAAUUAAAUCCUCGAGUUUUACAUGACAGCACACUCCCUAAAGGCAAGCCAUCGCCAAAUUGCUCCGUUGUAAAACAUCUGGCAAGACCCAGCAACCUUUUCCCCUAAAUCUUUUUGUUGAACUUCUGCAUUCUGAAAAGGGAUAAUUAGGCCUUAAUUCUUUUUUAAAUUACAAAGCCUCGAUUAAUGAUUGCUCAGACAACAUCAAUUCUGGAACAAAAGCAAUGGCUAUAUGGUGUUCUCUCGCCCUGCUUUCUAAAGUCCUGGGAUUACUCAUUUGCCAGGUUCAUUGUCCUUUGAUGGGCCUGAACCCCUUUAUAGAAAUCAUAAAACUUCAUCAAUGGAUAACUAAUAAUUUUGCUGCCUACUUACCAGUGUGUCUUCUUGUAGUAGGCAGAAUUGGGCUCAAUAUACAUUACAGGUUGUGAUCCUAGAAGCACACCUGGAAGUAAGUUCUACUAAAAUCAUUUCUAGAUAAAGGUCAUUUCUUGUAAAGGUGCUUAAGAUUUGUAUGUCAGUCAUGAAGUGAAAUCACUCCUCAAAAGACGUUGGGGGAGAUGUUCAAUUCAGUCCAUAUUUUAAAGGCAAAUCUAUCUAUUCUGCACUUUCUGAAACAAUGCAUGAACCAAAACCUUCCACCUUUCGAAAUUUGCACCUUUCUGAAUUUUGAAGUGCAGUUAUCCAGCCAAGUAACGUGUACAAAAAUGCAUAUACUAGCACAAACUGUGCAUAUUAGUGAAAAUUAUAUACACAAGUGCAUUCCAUUAGUGGAAAUUGCUUUGCACGAAUGUCUACACUAUGGCAAAUGGCAAACAAAACAAAAAAUGUGAUUAAGAAAAAUUCACACUAAAAUCCUGAUGAAUUUUCAAAAUUAGAAAAAUGCACAACUGGGAGAAACAGGAAUUUCUAUAUUCAGCCAUCCCUAUUCAUGAGGGACAACAGGUAAUUGGCUCCAUCUCCUAAGGCACUGUUUCAUGUCUGGUUGCAUAUCCCAAAAUACUGGCUUGCACCAAGAUCCCAGUUAGUUGACCCCACACACCUGGCAUCUGCCACAUCUGUAAUGCUUGCAUAUUUUAGUAGAGGUUCACAAAAUACAUGAAUGCUAACUGGAUCUUUCUAUUUUACGCAGGGGCCAUGCAGUCUUAUACAUGGUCUCUCACAUACACUGUAACAACAGCUGCUGGGUCACCUGCUGAAAACUCUCAACAACUGCCUUGUAUGAGAAACCCUCAUGUGCCUCCUUCAUCCGUUACACACAGAAUACCUGUUUAUCCACACAGAGAAGAACACGGGUAGGUCGCUUAGCAUCAUGUUCAUCCACUGCAUUUUUCGGCAUAGCCAGUGAAUAGAGUAAUUGAACAGCCAUGCUUGAAUUCCCAGGUUUGUUUCCUGGUGCAGCAGAUACAAAUAUGUAUGGGGGGGGUGUAAAGAAAGCUAUCUCUUUUGAAAACAGUAAUAUCUGUAUUAUCAGAUAUACCAAAUGUUCACCCUAAAUUAGACUGUAUGUCUAAAGGGACAGAUUUGUUGCAUGUCUGUGUGUAUUGUAGAGGGCCUCAUCAAUAUUAUUAUCAUCAUCAUCAUCAAUAAUCACUUUCUGAUACGUCAUUGCUCAUGUCAAAGUUCCAUCUAUUCCAGUAUCUUGCUUUCUACAGUAGCCAAAUACCUACAUGAAGCCUAUAAGCAGGAGAUGAAGGCAGUAGCCUCCUCCUGCUGUUGAUACCCUGCAAAUAGUAUGCAAGCACAGAAGAACUUGCUGGUGGAUUGUGCCCCUUUUCCAUUAGUAGAUGGGGUAGAGAUUUGGAACUUUCCACCUAAGGUACGACUGGGACCGCCAGUUGUGGUUGGACUACAGUCGCCAUCAUCUCUGACCAUUGGCUGUGCUGGUGGUGAGGCGCCUGAUGAGAGUUCAAAUCCAACAACAUAUUGAGGGCCAAAGGUUCUUCAGCCUUAACCUAAGGAAUAAAAAUGUCCUAAGGGCAUUUGCUUCCAGGUUUCAGCCAUGUUGUAAGGAGUACCAUGAGUAUUUGCAGGGCCAGGCCCUGAGCGCAGUGAGGAGUUGCAGAACAAGGCCCUUGUUGUGUUUGUCUUGGGGAAGUUGGGUAUGGCCUGGCAGGUGUGGCCAGAUCAGGAGAUGUGCAGUAUCCGGAGGAGCAUUUUCCCCUGGUUCUUUGCCACAGCAACGUGGUUUAUACCCUGCUGUUGCCAGUUCCUGCUUUCGCUCCUGAUCUGCUCCAGUUCCUGAUCCUGCUUAAACGCUCCUGUCCUUGCUCCAGUUCCUUCUCCUUUUCCAGUUUCUUUUCCUGAGUUCCAGCCUCAUCGAGUUUCCGCCCUCCAUUGAACUGCUGCUAUUGUUACCAUCCGUACCUUGGUCCCAGCAUGUCAUAUCUGGACUGCUGCCACCUACACAUGUGGUGCUGGCAAAAGCCCUAGUCCUAGUGGAGUAAAAGUGAUAGUAAUGGAUAUGUUUUGAACAUGGAGAAGAAAAAGAGAAAAGAUGGUUAAGAGAAAAGGAAGGGAGGAAAUACCUUAAACACAAAACAACUACAAAGCUACACUAUGCUCUGGUGUAAAAAUGCAGUGUAGGUAUCUUGCAGCCAACCCUAGCCAUGUCUAUUCAUGGCAGUAAGAAUGACUAAAUUCAAUAAGACUUAUUUCCAGGUCAGUGUGGUUAGGAUUACAGCCUUAGUAGCACGUGAGGCUUUUUUAAAUAUAAUGCUAAGGAUCUUCUGUUUCUUUUUAGGUACACAGGGAGCUAUAACUACGGCAGCUAUGGAAACCAGCACCCCCACUCAAUGCAGAGCCAGUAUCCAUCCCUUCCCCACGACACCACUAUUUCCGCACCCCUCCAUUACUCUGCUUAUCACAGAAGCUCUUCGCAGGUCAGUUCCGUGGUCCGAGUGCUGAUCCUUUCAUUAUUGCUUAGGAUAUCACAAACAACUCAAAUAGACCGAUAUGACAGCUUUUAUUUUUUUACAGGGGAGACAGUAAAGAAUUCCCCAUUUUUAUUUAUUUGAGCUUUUUUUAUCCCGCUUUCAAAAGCAGGCAUUCCCAAGACAGCUUACGACUUUAGCAUUUCUACAUUUCCAAAUCAAUUACUCUCUUUUUGUUGAGAUAAAGCAUCACGUUCAGUUCAACAGGGCAUGCGCAAGAGAUCCUUCCCUCAGAUUUUGUACCCUUCAUCCUCUGCUCCCAUCUGUAAGUAGGCAUGGAGAAGAAUUUUGUCAAUUUUGCCUGCAUUUUUAGGAACGUAAGUAAACCCCUGCUAGAUCCCCUGCCAAAGGUCCAUCUAGUCCUUCAUCCUGUCCUCAAGGUGCCAAUUGGAAGCAUUUGGGCAAGACCUGAGCACAGCAGUGCUCUUUCCACUUGUGAUUCCCAGCACUUGAUAUUCAGAAGCAUCACUACCCCCAUCAGUGGAGGGAGAAUUUUUAAGUGAACCAAUCUAAUUCACACCACCUGGACUCAUAAGCAAGCAAGCAAAGGAGGUUGGGCAUGACAACAUCAGGGCCUGCUCCACACAGAUUAUGUCUUCCUCACCAAAGGGCCAAUCUUGUUUUAUUUUAGUACUUUAAUGUUGUAAAAUGCCUUGGGAGAAAGGCAGUAUAUAAAUGCAACAAAUAUGUCUUGUUAAGGCUGCUGUUAAAUGCUCUCAGGAGGAGAUCCAGGUAGCGGUCCUGACACACAGGACAAAAAGAUCUGGUGAAGCUGAAAAGGCUGUACUAUAUGUAACCCACAUACACAUCAAUCCAUAAGGAUAGAAAAGAGGAAGGAGGCUAAACAUUGAGAUCCUGGGCAAUGAGAGAGACCAUCUUACCUGUGGAUCCUAAAAGACCCACUGCUCAGGAUGCUGAGAAACUGUUGUGAAGGAGUUUUUGUUGGGAGUCUAGAUUUAAUUUUGCAGGUGUUUAAUUUUUGCACUCAUUGAUAUUAUGUUUUUUUUAAUCUUUAAUUGCUAGGCCUAAUUAUGAAUUAUGUGGGGUUGUGUAAUCUCAUUGCAUAUUGAUAUGUUUCAUGUAUUAUUUAUGGCUGCUUAAAUUUUGUAUUAUUUUUGUAUUAUUUUUAAGUCUUCUGAUGUUGUAAACUGCCUUAAACAUGGCUUAACUAUCAAAAGAUAGCAAACAUCAUCAUGAUCCAACAUCACCCUGAGGUCACCAGCAGAGUUUUCAUUGAUUUUGAUGGAUGUGGGUUAGAGUCUAUACUAUUUUAAAAGCACUUUGAACGCUUUUCAGUGGUUCCAACAAGGGACGAAGAAGCAAUAGAGACAGAAAUAUAUUUAUAUGCAUCCAUCCAUUUAAGAUUUAUCCUAAGUCUGUCCUGAUUUUGCCAUGCAAUUUUAAAUGUAGUUAAUAGACCUUUAUUCUGAAGGUGGCUGGAUGCACGUUAUAACACCACAACAAGACCAAGAUGUUGAGAGUACAUGUUGAUGUACAUUACAAGGGCAAUAGCACGCUUUCCAAAGUAUGAGUAAAAUCAGCAUAAAGUUAGAGCCGCAUUCAGAAGGAAAAUAUUUUGCUGUUUGAACAGAGACACCUUUCACCUCUUUGCAUAAUCAGCCGGCAAGCUGAAGGACAAGAAUAAAGGGAUUAUUAUUCAGCCUGAAACUGAAGGAACUCAGGCUUCAUUGGGUGGAGGAGACACUUAAAAUAGUAUUUUCUGAAAUAAUAACGGAAAGAAACAGAGCUAAUUUUAAUUUGGGGCGUAGGGGGAGAAAGAGCCUUAACAAUAAUCGGCUUAAAGUCACCCCAACUUAAAGGGGUUAGUGUUUCUUGUCAGGUCUCAACAGCGUGGUGGUGGCAAGAGAGUUGACCCAGAAAAUGGUAAUUUCCUGUGAAGGGCUCUCCAACAAAUGUCGCCUUUAUAUCUGGCAAAGAUCACUAGGCCCCAGUGUUUUGAGAUCAGCAUGCUUAAGCACUCUUCAUUAAACCGGAUGCAAAGUGUGAAAGGUGAUUCAGGCAGCAUGGGCCGGCAUCCGCGCAGAUGGCGAAGCUUUGGACACUCCAACAAGGCUGAAUAGAUGCUUCAUUGGUUGAGCUAAUAGUCAGGCAGGGGCCAAGGCGGACUUUAAAAAUAUUGUCUCUCAAUGGUCUCUUCACUGGAAGGAAAAAGAAGUCACUGACUCAUUUGCAAUUAGUUGACCCACCAUUACAAAUCUUUCCAUGUUGGGGAUUCAGCCGUCACAGAUUUUAUUGUAAAAAUAGUCGAUAUUUGGGAGUCCGUAUUAUUUUUGAGCAAUUAUUCUUUUUUAUAUUCAUGACACAUUCAUAAACACAGCUGCAUCUGGGGGUAUUUGGCCACACAGAGAAGCAACACACUGUAUUCCUGUCGUCGCCCCCCCCCCCCCCCAUUUUUGCAGUCAUUUAUUAGCCCUUCCUUUCUGGUCAGGCAUGCUCACAUUGGAAUGUUAAUGAAAAGUGGAAAGGCAGAUCAGCACGCCACACCAACAACACAUUAGGAAGUCUGUUCUUCUCUGUGCCAAAUGGCACUGCCAACGAGACGAAUGAAAUGUGGCCCAUGGCUAUCCUAGGGCUUCAUAGACUUAGGCUGCAGUCCUAACCGUAUCUGCUCAGGAGUAAGUCCUAUGGAACUCGUGAGACUACUCCCGGGUAAGUGAGUUUAGGAUUGCACUGAACUUGAUGGGUCUUAUGGGUAAAUGGGGUUAGAACUGUAUCUUAGACUGGAGCCACGUCUGAAACUGUGGUGCCAGGUGUCCUGCCUGCCAGAGGGCUGAGCACACUCCCAUCUGAUGAGCUCAGGAGUAGAUUUGUGGUUCUUGCCUAUGAGCAUCUCUAUAGAUGUCUUGCCUUCGAUGCUUUACAACCAGACCCAGACUCUUCCCUAUUCAGUGGUUCCCCCUCGUGCAAUUCCAGUUGUGUGAUCACAGAGAGUGUGGGCAUGCGCCUUGCCUUUAUUCCUGUAGCCUUUCACAUGUUCAAACUGAAUUCCUUCAGAGGGGAGGCUGACCUCAUUCUGGCUUCCUGUGCAAUUUGAAACCCUGUACCAUCGGGGGUUCUAAAUCGCAUGGGGAGCCAGCACAGGUUAAGUAGAGAUUUAUUGUAUAUUAAUCUAUUAUUAUUAGUUAAAAAUGCAUUAGGCUAGCUUUGUUGUACCUGAUUUUUGUUAGUGCAGGGGCUGUUGGUUGACAAUAAUCAGCUACACUACAGCUAAACAUCGGGAAGAACUUUCUGACCGUAAAAGCUGUUUGACAGUGGAAUGGUCUCCCUCGGGAGGUGGUGAACUCUCCUCCCUUGGAGGUUUUGAAGCAGAGGCUGGAUGGCCAUCUGUCGUGGAUGCUUUAGCUGAGAUUUCUGCAUUUCAGGGAGGUUGGACUAGAUGACCCUCGUAGUCCCUUCCAACUCUACAAUUCUAUUAUGCUACUAUGAACUACAUGAAAAUGGACACUGUGCUGACAAAAUCUGUGAAUCCCUCUUUGAGGCUUGUCAUUAAAAGGGCUUGCAUUUUCUUUUCCUCCAAAAAGUCUGCGUGCCUAACAUUUUUACAAUGUCAUUUCAUCUAGUACCCCUUCAACAGCCCGUCGUCCCGGAUGGAGCCGUGCUUGAUGGGCAGCACCCCAAGACUGCAUCCAACCCCAGUGACUGCUCGCUGGCCAGAAGUGCCCUCCGCAAAUGCUUGCUACACAAGCCCACCCAUGCACUCCACGAGAUACGGAAAUUCCAGUGACAUCUACACGCCGUUGACCACACGGAGGAAUUCCGAAUAUGAGCACAUGCAACACUUUCCUGGCUUUGCCUAUAUCAAUGGGGAAGCCACCACAGGAUGGGCAAAAUGAAAAUGACUUGGUAAAUAGUAUCAGCCUUACAUAUUUAAUAAAUAAAGACAGACACACAAAAA